CUGCUGCGCUAGAAAAUCCAAACACGCUGGAAAAAUAGUAGUCUUUUAUCCAGCAUUAAAUCAACAAUGGGGAAAUUGAAUGCAACAAUGUUACGGUAUUUAAGUAAAGAAGACUUCAGAGUUUUAACAGCCGUUGAAAUGGGUAUGAAGAACCAUGAGAUCGUGCCUGCUCCACUGAUUGCCUCCAUUGCUCACCUGCAUUCUGGAGGCUGCCAUAAAGUCCUCAAGGAGCUCAGUAAACACCGGCUGGUCUGCUAUGAGCACGGAGGAAAGAAAGUGCCAGGCUACAGGUUGACCAACUCUGGUUAUGACUACCUUGCUCUGAAGACCCUCACAUCCCGUGGAGUUAUACAGUUUGUAGGCAACCAGAUUGGAGUCGGCAAAGAGUCAGAUGUCUACAUAGUUGCUGAUGAAGAUGAAAAACAGUGGGCAAUGAAGCUGCAUAGACUAGGUCGCACAUCAUUCCGCCAGCUGAAAAACAAGCGGGAUUACCACAAACAUCGAAGUAAGGUGUCCUGGCUCUAUCUGUCACGUCUUGCUUCUAUGAAGGAGUAUGCUUUCAUGAAGGUACUAUAUGACCGAGGUUUCCCAGUUCCCCAGCCCCUUGACUUCAACCGCCAUGCUGUCAUUAUGGAGCUGCUCAGUGGAUACCCCAUGUGCCAAGUGAAGGAGGCUGCUAACCCAUCUAUCAUCUAUAAUGAGUGUAUGGAGCUUUUGGUCAGGCUUGGAAACUGCGGACUGAUACAUGGAGACUUUAAUGAGUUUAACCUCAUGUUGGACGAUAAUGAGGGCAUCUCAAUGAUCGACUUCCCCCAGAUGAUUUCCACAUCGCAUCAGAACGCUGAAUGGUACUUUGACAGAGAUGUGAGCUGUGUCCGCGAAUUCUUUGCCAGAAGGUUCCACUAUGAGAGUGAACUCUUCCCAAAGUUUUCUGACCUCAAGAGGAGUGAUGACCUGGAUGUUGAGGUGGCAGCAAGCGGCUUUACCAAGGACCUUGCCUCACAGUUUGAUACUGCUGCAUUGGAGUUUAACAUUCUUGGGGGACCUGACACUCAAGAGGGGGGAGAUGAUGGUCGUGAUGUUGAGGAGGAAGAUAGUGAGGGGGAAGAAACUGGGAGUGAAGAUAAGGAGGGAGAGAGAAAUGAUCAUGGUGAGGUUGAUAGUUACGAAGUCAAACCUGUGGAAGAUGAACUAGUUGAUGAUAAAGUAGUUGAAAAGGCAGAAUGUGGCCAAAAGAUUGAUGAUGAGGAUAAGAAUGUUAGUGAUGAAUCUGAGAAUGUUGGAAAUGUAGACAAGCUUGAAAAAAAUACAUAUCAUAACAAGGGUGAUGAGGAAUUACAAGUAAAUACACAGUCUAAAAGAGACAGGUCAGAUGACUUGGGAAAUAAGAAUGAUAGUGGGAAUGAAGAGGAGUUAUGUGACAUAAGUGGUCAAAAUAGGAGUUACAGACCUUUCAGAAAUGAAGACAGUGUCAAACAUGUGAAUACGCACCUGCUUAAGCCAAGGGCACGUAACUCGGAUAGUUUCAGUUCCACAAGCACAUCAACCUUUAUUGCACCGGAGAUAGUACGAGCAAAGGUCAAGAAACAACAGAGAAAGCAGCAGGAUAUUUUAAAGGCGCGUAGGAUUCGAAAGAGCGGGGAGGCAUCAUUGCAGACUAAACUUAGGCGAGACACGCAGCUUGAUAUCAAAGAGAGCACUAGUGCUGAGUGGUUCUGACAUGCAUAAAAUCUUGUGUAAAUAGUAUGCUUACUGUUUAUAAUUGUAAUGUAAUUAUACCCUUAAUUAGUAGACUUUUCUGAGUCACAUUUUUAUGAUGAAAUUUAAACAGUUUUAAAAAUUUAUUUCUGAAAAUCUCAAAGUGAUAUUCAACUGUAUUCUGCAUAGUUACCAUUAAUGGCUUUGCUGUGUAUUUUAGGUUAUAUGUGAUUAUUAAAGGUAUAAUAAACACUCAUUCAUUUAUUACAAAAAUAAACAUAAGAUUAGUGAAAUUUUCAACAUUAAUAUUUAAUGGCCUUGUGUCACACACAUUCUAUUCUUUUAGCUGGAACCCACUUAGGGCAGUUCCAGAAUUAAUUGUAUGGGGGGGGGAUGAAGGCACUUCUUGAAAAAAAAAAACACCACCGAUUUUUCGCUAGCCCUUUCACUGGUCUUGAUUAAAGAAAACUUUCAAAUGGCUAAGUAUUUUAAUAUUAUUUACCUUUUCAGCACCUUGAUGUAUUUGAAGUGAACAUUGUAGAUACCAAAUGUAGUACAUUGUAUGUACCAUGUACAUAAAAAUAGGAACAGGAAGAAUAAUCGGGAAGAACCAUAAGUACUGUAUGAAGUACCAUUAUUUUUGUGGAUAAUUAGUUAUUAUUAGGGAUGGCAACAAGUAAUCAAGUACUCGAGUACUCGAUCAAUCAGCUAAGUACCCGAGUACCAAAUCACUACUCGAGUACUGGAAAAAAAAAUUACUUUUUUUAUAAAAUUCACAAAAUACAUGAUUUACAGACGUAAGUAUCAGAUCUGGCGCGUUUUCAAGAAGACAAAUUACGGUCCCUCUAAUCCCAGCUGUGUACACAAUUGACCCUAAUAGAUUAAUUGACAGUUGUUGUGAGUGUUGCAAAUUGUCAACAAAGUACUCUUAUUUGCAAAUAGCACUGAUGUCAAUUAGCGAUUUUUUGAUAGCGGUACAUUUUACACAAUUGUAUUGUUUACCUAUAAGAGACGUUGACGAGCAGAUUAGUAAUGACCGUUACGAGCAAUGAUUCCUGAAUGGGCUUACUUGUAGAAUGCUUAUCACAAUUGAUCGGUGGAUAUCUGAAUUCAGGAAUUAUGCAUAUAAAUGAGUUGAACAACAAUAUUACAGUAUUAAAAACUGUCAUUUUUAAUAUUAAUUCAUAGAGUAAACAUCUAAACAUAUCUAUAAAUCAUUUUCGUUCAUUGUAGUAUCAAAUAAAUUUUACACUUGAGGCGACUUAUUUUAUGACAAAUUUUGCCAAUAAACAUUUUUAUGAAGUUUGCCAAGGAUUGGAUAAACAUAUAUGUUUUGUUGAUUUAUAUUGAUUGUAAAAAGUUCUGGUUAAGACACAAAUUAUAAAAUCCAUAAUGUAUAACAUUGACCUUCAACCGUUAGCUUGACCUUUGAGAUAAGAGCACAAAAAAAUGUGCGCGACAGACCUACUUAUUGAGCUGUACAAUAGUCCAUUUUACUCCUAAUUUUACUGUCACAGAAAUCGACAGACACUAUCCCAACACAAUAUUUUCUGGCCAGUCAAAUGCUGGUAAAUAAUCAUAUAUUAAAAGCUAAAAUAGACCUCGUUCUGUAAACAAAUGAGUGUAAGUUUGAACGUGUGUUAUUAUGCCAACAAAUUGCUUGGUGAAGGCAUGGACCUUAGGUCCAUGGUGAAGGGUUGUAUAAAUUGAUUUCAAGCAGGAUAAGAGUUGAUAUUUCCUUGACUUCCUCAACUUUCAAGUAAAGAUACAAACCUAUGCAAAGAAUGGUUGCUACCUGCUGGCAAACUGUGACAUUGAAACAAUGUAAAGGGUGGCAAAUUUGUUCUGCACUUUUGAGAGAGAAAGGACUUUUAAUAUUCCAGGUUUGUUUUUGCAAUGAUUCAAAUGGCUGCUACUAAAUUAGCUUGAUUCGAGCGAGCCAUGCUUGUUUACUAUCAGGAAUUCAACAUCUUCAUGUCCCCAUGCCAUUUUGACCAAAAGUGAUGUCUACACAUAAGUUUGCAAAUCAAGGGAGGUAGCUCCAAAUGUAUGUUAUUUAUUGUGAUUGACUCGCAUCAGUCACUAACCCCGGUAGUUGACGUAAAAUGUUCAGGCAUUUUUUGCGUUGAAGGUUAAUACCGGUAAGACCACAACCUAUAAUUUCGAUUAUUUGUCAGACUCAACCACCUGUAAUUAAAAAAAUCAAUUAAUAAAUGUGGAUAAUCUGUAUAGGUCUGUUAAGAAUUUUUAUAAUCAAAAUUUAUUUUUAGCUUAUAGUUUGUUUUGACUAUUACCCUGGGAUCUAAACUGGCUCCAUCCUGGAGGUAACAAGUUUCUUUUAUACUUUUUUAGGGAAUCUUUGAAAAUCUUCUUGUCUGUAACCAGUCUAUCCCAGACCCUUGAUAUUUUAUAUGUAGCAUCAUGUAGAAGUCCUCCACCUUGUUUGUUCAAAUUAUGCCCCUGGCCCCAAUUUCUCGAAUCUUCUUAAGUCCAUUAUAACAAAAUUAAGCUAAGUUCGCUAGUUUUGUUUUUAGCUCACCUUAAAUAGCCGUAGGCUGAGGGUGAGCUAUUAUAAUCGAUGAUUGUCGUCCUUCCACACUUAGUUUGUUAACACUCUAGUGGUCACAUUUUUGCCUCAAUUGUCAUGAAACUUGGUCAGGAUGUUUGUCCCAGUAAUAACUCGUACGAGUUCAAAUAUGGGUCAUCUGGGGUCAAAAACUAGGUCACAGAGCCCAAAUAUGAAAAGACCUUGUUAACAAUCUAGAGGUAACAUUUCAGCCCAAAUAUCCUUGAAAUUGUCAGAAAGGUUGUUUCGAUGAUUUCUAGCUCAAGAGCAAAUAUGGGUCAUCUGGGGUCAAAAACUAGGUCACAGAGCCCAAAUAUAGAAAAACCUUGUUAACACUCUAGAGGUAACAUUUUCAGCCCAAAUAUUUAGAAAUUUGUAAGAAAGUUGGUUUUGGUGAUUUCUAGGUCAAGUUCGAAUAUGGGUCAUCAGGGGUCAAAAAACUAGGUCACAGAGCCCAAAUAUGGAAAAACCUUGUUAACACUCUAGGGGUAGCAUUUUCAGCCCAAAUAUUCUGGAAAUUUGUCAGAGAGGUUGUUUCGAUGAUUUCUAGCUCAAGUUCGAAUAUGGGUCAUCUAGGGUUAAAAACUUGCUCACCGAGCCCAAAUAUGGAAAUACCUUGUUAACACUCUGGAGACAACAUUUUCAGCCCAAAUAUCCUGGAAAUUUGUCAGAAACGUUGUUUUAAUGAAUUCUAGCUCAAGUUCGAAUAUGGGUCAUCUGGGGUAAAAAAUCCAGGUCACAGCGCCCAAAUAUGGAAAAACCUUGUUAACACUCUAGAGGUAACAUUUCAGCCCAAAUAUCCUUGAAAUUGUCAGAAAGGUUGUUUCGAUGAUUUCUAGCUCAAGAGUGAAUAUGGGUCAUCUGGGGUCAAAAACUAGGUCACAGAGCCCAAAUAUAGAAAAACCUUGUUAACACUCUAGAGGUAACAUUUUCAGUUCAAAUAUUUAGAAAUUUGCAAGAAAGUUGGUUUUGGUGAUUUCUAGGUCAAGUUCGAAUAUGGGUCAUCAGGGGUCAAAAAACUAGGUCACAGAGCCCAAAUAUGGAAAAACCUUGUUAACACUCUAGAGGUAACAUUUUCAGCCCAAAUAUUCUGGAAAUUUGUCAGAGAGGUUGUUUUGAUGAUUUCUAGCUCAAGUUCGAAUAUGGGUCAUCUAGGGUUAAAAACUUGCUCACCGAGCCCAAAUAUGGAAAUACCUUGUUAACACUCUCGAGACAACAUUUUCAGCCCAAAUAUCCUGGAAAUUUGUCAGAAACGUUGUUUUAAUGAUUUCUAGCUCAAGUUCGAAUAUGGGUCAUCUGGGGUAAAAAAACUAGGUCACAGAGCCCAAAUAUGGAAAAACCUUGUUAACACUCUAGAGGUAACAUUUUCAGCCCAAAUAUCCUGGAAAUUUGUCAGAAAGGUUGUUUCGAUGGUUUUUAGCUCAAGUUCGAAUAUGGGUCAUCUGUUGUGUUUUUAUUGUUAAUUUAUUGUUUUAAAAUCAUUGAGGGUACCAACUUCAAACUUCAGGAACUUAUUCACCGUAAAUUGUGAUUUUUUUUGACGAGUUGUAUAAUUCCAACCUAAGUUUUGUAAGAGUUACUGCCCUUUGUAUAUUUUUAAACAAAAACAUAUUUGUCAUGUGUUUAAAAAAACUUGACAUAUACUUGUUCCACCUGGUGUAUGGUAGAGCAGACAGGCACCAUCCAGUAUUACUUUUGAACCCUUUGUCCAAUCAUGACCAAAUUUGGUCAGAAUGUGUAUGAACAUCAUGAUAAUUUGGAAAAUUGCUGUAGGUACCUGAGAGUUAUUGUGCUUUAAUUAUAGAAAUUACCUAAAAUUGCUCUUUUCCUAUCAAUAACAUUUUAAGCAUUUGUCCAAUCAUCACAAAAUUUGGUGAGAAUGAAUGGGCAAAAUACAUCAGAAGAGCCAAAUCCCUGUUAUUGCCCUUUAAUUUUCAAAAUUAAUUUUAUCUGUCUCCGUGGCCUAGUAAUUAAGUAUCCGCCUACGGAGCGGGACGUCGUGGGUUCGAUCCCUGUCCGCGUCAUACCAAAAGACGUUAAAAGUUGGUACAAGUAGCUCCCUUGCCUGGCGCUCGGCAUUUAAAGGGUAUUGCUUGGAAAAGUGGUGUACUCAGUACUGGUUUAAAACCCAGGAAAGUUGUACCUCGUGUAAUGGUGCUUUACACCGAGCACGUAAAAGAACCAAGGAGUCUCUUCGAAAAAGAGCUAGGGUAUCGCACCCGGACUUCCUUGUAUCCCUCCACUGUGUCUUCAGCAAAAACAAAGGCCCUGUUGGAAAUAAGUGCUUGCACUUUCUCAGGUUAUCCUUGACCGCAAGGUCUAAAGAAAUACAUACAUACAUACAAUUAUCAACAAGUCUAUAGCACAAAGUUUUACUCAGGUGAGCGAUAUAGGGCCAUCUUGGCCCUCUUGUUUCUAAAAUUUCCCUAAUAUUUACUUCUUUAAGAGUUUGUAGACUUUAAAUAGGAAUUAUGUUCAUGAAAUAAGCGAAAAACCAUUUUGCAUUUUAAAAAUUUAUGUAUUAUUAUGACUAAUUGAAAUAAACUACUUAAGCCUAUUAGGCUAAAGAACUUGCGAGGCAUUUGGGCCUGCUGACAAAAUGGACACAUUGGAAAUUCUGAAAAGCUUUUCCACUAUAUAUUUCUGGAUUAAUUGUGAAAUAACUUUUAUGCAGAGUGAAAAUCCAUAUUGUUAAAAUCUUUUGUAGGAAUUUUCUUAGGUAAUGCCUUGUAGUUGACUUAACAUCACUGGUCAGAAAUAAGCUACUUCCUACCCAUUUAUACCAAAUCUUCAGAGCUUAUGAAACAAGCAGAUUCAUGUAACAUCUUUUAUGAUGCAUACAUCUUAUUAUUUAUAAAUCCAUCUGCAUAUGCCAAAAUGGUGGCAUAGGUCAUAUUUAUGUGACUUAUUGUUUAUUAUGCCCCCCUUCGAAGAAGAGGGUUAUAUUGCUUUGCACAAUAGUCAUGUUGGUCCGUAGGUCAGUCAAUCGGUCUGUCCGUUGGUAGACCAAAGCUUGUCCAAGUGUUUACUCAACAAUUCUUGGAACUUUGGUCCUCAAACUUGACAUGAAGGUUGGGCCUGACCAGUAGAUGACCACUAUUGAUUUUAGGGCUCAGCGGGUCAAAGGUCAAGGUCGCAGUGACCUUUAAUGGUAAAAUAAUUUUAAAGCUUGUCCGAGUGAUAACUCAACAAUGCCUAGACCUAUGGCCCUCAAACUUGAUAUGAGAGUUGGGCUUGACCAGUAGAUGACCCUUUUUGUUUUGGGGGGUCAUCGGGUCAAAGGUCAAGGUCACAGUGACCUUGAAUGAUAAAAGGUUGUCUGAGGGAUAAAGCGACAAUGCCUGCACCCAUGGCCCUCAAACUUGACUUGGGGUUGCGUCCCACCUGUAGAUGACCCCUUAUGAUUUUAGGGGUCAAGGUCACAGUGACCUUGAAGGAAAAAAGCUUGUCUGUGUGAUAACUUGACAAUGACUGCACCCAUGGCCCUCAAACUUGACAUUUAGGUUUUGGGUGACCAGCUGAUGAUUCCUAUGGAUUUUGAGGUCAAAGGUCAUGGUCAACACACUCUAUCCUCAGACUUUGAUUGGUCAUAAUUGUGGCAAUUUUAUAUCUAUAAAAUGUUAUGUAAAACACUGAAAAGUGAAGUUUUCUUUUAAUUAGUAUUUCUGUUGGGAGAAAUUAUUAUGCACAGAUGGUGUUAUCUAAAUUAUCAGUAUAAGCUUCUGAGUAGUAGCUGUAAUGUCUACUUCCUGCCACUCUUAUCCUUCCUAGGUCUCUAGAGAGAAUAUUAAUCAUGCAUUUGUGUAUUCAGUGGCCUCAGUCAAUGUUAUGCAGUAUUAUAUGAUAGUGUCUGGCUUUCUUCGGCCAUAGUGUCCAGCUUUCUUCGGCCAUAGUGUCCAGCUUUCUUCGGCCAGAGUGUCCACUUUUCUCGGGGCCACUAUUAUGUAAUACUGUCCGCAUUUCUUCGGCCACUGUCCGUUUAAAACUGGAUAUAUAAACCGAGCCUUUCUGAGGAAAGGGGGAAUUGGAAUUGGAGUUGGAAUUGAGUUGAGAUGAGAGAUUGAGAUGAGGAGAGAGACUAAGUAGAAAUUAGAGAAUGACUUUUGGACUUAAUUAAAUAGUUGUAUUUUUAAACUGUGAAUAUUAAUCAAGACUUUGUGUAUGUGUGUAGAAAUAAAAUGUUAGACACUUAA